AGUGUUAGAAAAAUCUGCAAAGUGGUUGACACUUUCUAUAAAUUACCUACUUACUAGUGAUAAAUUGGUAAUGAAAGACCCUUCAUAUAUCCCAUUAGAACAAGGCACAUUACACAUCCAAAGAAAAGAAAAUACAAAAAAAUGGUUUGCCCCUCUCAGCCAAAAACUUCCCUGAAAUCAUCAUCUACUAGCUUAAACUCUAUGAAGCUGAAGAGCCUAGUACAAUCCUUCAUAUUCUCCCAUGUAUACCGAGCUAUAGCGAAAGCGAAAUCAUUAUUAAUUCAAAUUGUGAAGAAUGUUCAGUUAGUUCAUCAGAACAAGAAGAAGAAUAAUGUGAAGUUGUUUCUUGGUUCAUUUAGAUUGCAUUAUAAUUGGUGUUCUUCUCAUGUGAUGCCAGUGCCUGUUCCAACUGCAUUUGAUGUUUAUUAUGAUUCUACAUGGAAUUCUAUUCUAUCUACUGCUUGUGAUGAGUCAGAACUCUCUGGCUAUCUUCAAUGGCUUGAAGACAAGGACAAUAGUAAUAAUGAUAUUGAUAAGCUUGCUGAUAUGUUCAUUGCAAAUUCUCAUGAAAGGUUUAGGUUGGAGAAAGUUGAAUCUUAUAGGAGAUUUCAAGAAAUGUUGGCUAGAAGUGUAUGAUCCAAUAUUAUUUUAGUGGUUGGUGUUGUAUGUUUUGAUAAUUUUCUCAUAUUUUGGAAGGUGCAUGGACUUUUUUUUU